AACAAAUUUGUCUCAUCUUUCUGUUUUCCCCUCCCUCCCCCAUCUUGAUGCUUCUCCAAAAACACCAUCAACUCUCUUCUUAGACUUCUCUCUCUCACUCUCUCCCUCUCUCUCUCAUACACAGGAACGGUGAGACAAAGCCGCCAUGGCCGGGCACAAAGUAGCCCUUUUUCCGGUGAGUAUGCUAGUAUGCAUGUUUCUGCAGCUGCACCUUGUUGAACCAGCUCCUCAACUUUCUCUGGUAAGGAGUCUUCCUGGAUUCAAAGGAACGUUCCCAUCAAAGCAUUACUCGGGGUAUGUGACACUAGAGGGGAACCACCCCCCAAAGAACCUCUUCUACUACUUUGUGGUGUCGGAGAGAAGCCCUGCACACGAUCCUCUUGUUCUGUGGCUAAAUGGAGGACCGGGUUGCUCGAGCUUUGAUGGCUUUGUCUAUGAACAUGGGCCUUUCAACUUCGAAGCAUCAAAAGGCGGGGGCUUGCCCGUUUUGCAUCUCAAUCCGUAUAGUUGGUCUAAGGUUGCGAGUAUCAUCUAUUUGGACUCACCGGUUGGUGUUGGAUUCUCGUAUUCUGCAAAUACGUCGUAUUAUGUGAAUGGAGACUUGCAGACUGCAGCUGAGACUCAUCUGUUCCUUCUUAAGUGGCUUGAGGAAUUCAGAGAGUUCAAAACCAAUCCAUUUUACAUUGCUGGAGAAUCUUAUGCUGGCAUUUAUGUCCCUACUCUUGCAUCCCUUGUUGUCAAUGGAAUCAAAAAUGGAACUAAACCAAAGAUUAAUUUCAAGGGAUACAUGGUCGGAAAUGGGGUCUGCGACUCUCACUUUGAUGGCAACGCGCUCAUCCCAUUCGCACAUGGUAUGGGCCUCAUAUCUGAUAUGAUGUAUAAGGAAGCCGAAGCUGUCUGCAGAGGAAACUACCUCAACUCCCUCGUUAUUGAUUGCCAGAAUAUACUCUACAAGAUUGACAGUGCUUUAGACGGGCUGAACAGGUACGACAUCUUAGAGCCGUGCUUCCACAGAGGUGAAGCAAAAGAAGAUGUGAUGAAUGAGAACAGCACAAGCCUCAUACCAGAGAGCUUCAAGCAGCUUGGGGCGACUGAGAGGCCUCUUGCUGUGAGAAAGAGGAUUUUCGGGCGUGCUUGGCCUUUUCGUGCACCGGUUGCAGAUGGAGUCAUCCCUCUGUGGCCUCAACUAAUGAGAGAGAUCACAGUCCCAUGUAUAGACGAUGUGCAGGCAACUAUAUGGCUGAACGACGAGGGAGUUAGAGAGGCGAUUCAUGCUAAUCCGGAGAGCGGGAAUUGGAGCUUGUGCGUGGAUCUGCACUACACGCACGACGCAGGGAGCAUGAUCGCGUACCACAAGAAGCUCACCUCGAGUGGCUACCGGGCUUUGAUUUAUAGUGGAGACCAUGAUAUGUGUGUUCCAUUCACUGGAACUCAAGCAUGGACUCAGUCACUUGGUUAUGAGAUAGUUGAUGAGUGGAGGCCUUGGAUGUCUAAUGCCCAAGUUGCAGGUUGCAGAUAUGUACAGGAGUAUGCUAAUAACUUAACUUUCCUCACUGUCAAGGGAGCUGGACAUACUGUACCUGAAUACAAGCCUAGAGAGUCAUUUGAUUUCUUCAGCCGUUGGCUGCAAUCCCACAAGAUAUAGAGAUCAACAAAUGAAAAGAAUUGUAUGUUUGAGUUCAAUUUUUGCUCAUAUAAAAAUGAGACUCUCUCAACUAAACCAUUUCUUUCA